AUGGGACGACUUCAAGUUGCCGAGAAGAAGUUCCACUUCGGCUACCGAGUCUUCUACAACUUGUUCCGGCUUUUCCCGUUGCUCUACUCGAACCUCGAACUUGGCCUCCUUUUCACCGUCCUCACCGUCGCCGCUGCCGUCGGAAGUGAGCAAUUUUUCGAUUUGUAGCAAAUUUGGUCGAGUUUUGAAGGAUGGAGAGUAGAAAAUAUCAUUUUAUUCAGCAAGAAGUUUCUCGUGUUAUCAUCAUUUUGAUGAAUUUUUGGGUAGGUAGCUCUUUAAAAAAGAGUGUUUCGCUCAAAACGAAAUAAAAUCCAAUAUUUCGCGUUCCAUCUUCAAAAAUCCAUCGUUUUUUCGAAGGAAAAAAUUGGCAAAAAUGAAUUGCUCCGGAGAGGACUCGAACCAGCACUAUUGGUUCUAUAGCGCUAGGCUCUCUAGCCACUACACCACGCCACCUGCUGGCAGCUGGAGCGUGCCGCUGCAAUAGAUUCCCUCCCUUCACUUAAUGCAUUUUCAAAUUUUGAGGCGCCAUAACUCGACUAGAACCAAAAAAAAAAACUUAUUCUCAAUUUCUAUGGGAUCAGGAUGUUAGAAAGUAGCUAUAUACCAAGUUUCAUCAAAUUCCAAUAUCUCGACCUUUUGCACAAUGUGUGAAAUUUGGCCGCUGUAAAUUUCUGAGAUGGAAAUAUUAUCGACUUUCUCUGAAAUUUCAAAAUGUAUUGCUCCUUCAGAUGAGAUCGUGAACUAUAAAACUGGAAAGAUCCCCGGAAAAUUCUACCUGUACCUGUUGGAACGAGACGAGGGCAAGUUCUGGCACGAGUUCUGGAUCGCCUCCUUGGCCUACCUGGGCCUUUGUCUGGUGAUUUUUCUUCCUCUCAAGCUUUGAAAAAGAGAACUUUAGCUGUACGCGACCCUGACGUUCUUCUCGUGGUGUCUGUACCUGGUGUUGCGCAGGAAUUUGGUCAGAUCCCUUCACAAGUUGUACUACAGCCGCAACUUGUACUACAAGCUCAAUGGGAUCGACAACGAGGGGAUCGAUAAUCCGUUAGUUUCGUAUUAAUCAGUAUUGCUCAGCUUGGACCUUGGUAACGCUAUCCGGAAGUACUAUAGCAUUUCUAGGGACCACUAUAGUAGCGUCAGAACCCUUAAGAGACCCCUAGAAGUGCUCAGAAGAGCAAUUGUUGUUGCCGUAAAGGUCGUGAAUGCACGUCGCUGAGUUAAAGCUUUGAUUAAAAGCAAACCCGACUCGAAACGACUUGCGCGGUGAGGCAUAGAACAGCACUAGAGCAAGAUAAUGAAUUUCUGAAGACCGCGACGCUCUGAGCCAUUCCAAAUGCGACCAACUCGGCAGAUACCUCGGCCCGGUGCAACCCCCAGAAGUGCUCUCUUUUUCCCAUCUUUUGCACUUUGCAAGUGAUAGUGACAACCCGUAACAUUUUCGAGUCUUUUUCGUGCGAAAGGAGAGGCUGCACAGUGCUGACCACGAAAUUCAACUUGCAUGGGAAAAAAAAUUUAAUUUCAACGGGGCUUAACCUAUUCCCAUUGGGCGCAAAUACGGUGCGGGAAGUAAGCUAUUACGAUAGCAGGAGUUUCCAUUUAAUUUUAAAAUAUCUACCAAAUAAAACUUUAGAAUUGAAUUUGAGAAAAUUACAGAUUUUAGAUUCGCUUUUUUCGCUCGAUUUCUCCCCUGAAAUUGCACUGAAUUGACUCGGAAUUUUGAAAACUCCACUCUCGAGGUCAUUGCGCAAAAAACUGACUCCGCGCUCGGUUGUGCCCCUGAAUGUGCGAGAAAAAGCACCGAAAAUUUAAAGGCCGCAUCCCAGAUAGGGUCUGCCCGGAGCAUAAUUCCUGCCGAGAAGAAGUUUCUUGCCGCAAAAAAACUUACCUUUAUACCUAAAAACAAACCCGACCCAAAACGACUUGCGCAGUGGAGCAUAUAACAGCUCUAGAGGAAGAUGAUGGCUUUCUGAAGACCGCGACGCUCUGAGCCAUUCCAAAUGCGACCAAGAAGUUUCUUACCGCAGUAAACUUACUUUUAUACCUAAAAACAAACCCGACCCAAAACGACUUGCGUGCUUUUGCAUAUGGGAGAGUGAGGGCAAUACUAUGACUUUGUAGAGACCGCGACGCUCUGGGCCAUUCCAAAUGCGACCAAGAAGUUUCUUGCCGCAAAAAACUUAGAAAAGGGUUAUUAUAUUUGCCAAAAGUUCAACUUGGAAGACCGUGCAUGCAAGUAGAAUAAGUCAAACAUUUGUUCUUUAAAACCGACCCAAAACGGCUUGCGCUUUGGGGCACAGCACGGCGUUUUUUCGACGACGCCACGCCCACUUUUUCUCCGUAAAGUGUCGUGUGUCGUGUGCAUGCACUGCGAUGUAGAGAAAUUUCGAUUCAAAGACCUCUGGCAGAAAUCUCUGCCCAUGACGUCACGUGGGAACGGCGGAUGCUUUGGCUCCGCCCACCGUGUUUUUGGUUUCGCAUUUUCUUCCACUAACAAAAACGCCGUGACAGGAAGGCAUAUAGUUUGUUCAGAUUUUGAAUGUCAAGUCGUCGCUCAAGCUCCGCCCCUAUUGGAGCGAUAAACCAAUCAGAGAGCGAGCCAUCCACAGUGCAUCUUCGAAUGACGUCAUUGUACCUAGUUACUUACUUUGAUGGUCCAUAAGUAAGUACAAUGACGUCAUUCGAAAAUGCUCUGUGGAUGGCUCGCUCUCUGAUUGGUUUAUCGCUCCAAUAGGGGCGGAGCUUGAGCGACGACUUGACAUUCAAAAACUGAACAGACUACACAGCAAGACGAUGGCUUCCUAGAGACCGCGACGCUUUGAGCCAUUCCAAAUGCGACCAAGAACAUUCUAGCCGCAGACAACUUAGCAUAAGCUUUAUCCUCAAAAAAAUUUUUAGCGAAACGUUUUCGAAAAAUAAAAAUUUCCAGUGACCAGCGUAUCACCCAGGACGCCGACAAGCUCUCCAAACUGUUCGCCACCAAUAUUCUGCCGGUUGUUCUUCUCUCACCGUUCAUCAUCACCUACUACUCUGUCCACACUUGGCAAACGUUCGAAAUUUCAAAGGAAAAACCAGAACGAAACUUUCCAGAGCCGGCGGCUGGGGAGUCGGCAUGGUGGUGGUCUAUUUUCUGAUCGGCGUCGUGAUCAAUCGAAUCUUGAUCUCUCCGCUGACCCCAUGGGCGGCUCGAGUUGAGAAAAGCGAAGGAGACUUUAGGUGAGCCAGGACUUGAAAUCGAAAAUAAGAACUUUUCUGAAGGUACAAACACGUGUCGGUCCGAGAUAAUGCCGAAGAAUCGGCCAUGUAUCGAGCUGAAAAGUACGAAAAGUUCGCUUCUGAAGAAUCGUUCGCUGUUCUGUUCCAACGACUCAAGUGGUUCAUCAUCUGGAAGUUCCCUUCACAGUGUAAUUUUUCUGAAUUAGUGGAUUUAUAAGUUGAAAAAGCUUCAAAAGGAGCACAUUUUUGAAUUUUUUGGAAGUAAAUUUACGAAGAAAUGGUGCUUCUUAUAGAGUUCAGAACAAAAACGACCACUACUAGGAAAAUUGAUAGUGGUCACUUUAGGGUUUCGUCGUUUAAGUGGCCACUAAGAGGCUCGCCAAGGAAUACUUAGAGAUGACACUAAAGUGGUCACUAAACCCACCUCUAUAGUGGCCACUAUUUUCCGUUUUAGUGGCCACUAUAGAGGCUCUCAUUUAGUGACCACUUCAGUAGUUUUUCAUCAAAAUCCUUCCAGUAACUCUGAUAAUUUUAAAACAAACAGAUUGGAACAGUUAUGUUGAUCCAUUGACCUCUAUAGUGGCCACUAAAUUUCAACCCCUUAAGUGGCCAUUAAUUUGAUUCCUAUAGUGCCCACUAAAACGUCAAAGUCCUAUGGUGGCCACUAAAAAUUUUCCCAGAGGUUUUUAUUUUUUAAAUGGCUAUUUCAAGUGUUUUAUGUUUUAGUGGCCACUUAAGUGGCUAGAAUCUAGUGACCUCUUUAGGAGUAUAAGUGGUGGAUCUUCCUGAAACCUUCUGGAGUUGGGUGGACUGUUAAUUUUUACACUCUAGAAGAAUUUCAGAUCGCAGAAAAAAAUGCAGCUUUAUAGAGUUUCAGAAAGAAGGAGAUUCAUGGUUGGAAGUUUUGAAAAAAAAAUUUUUUUUAGUUUCUUUUCUGACGGUACUGUAUGUCUUCAGUAGAUGACGAAAAUGCAUUUUUUCCAUUUAUUUGGGAUCAGGGUGUUCUAAGGUUUUAUAUAUAACAAGUUUCAUCGAAUUCUCGACAGUUUUGCAUUUUUUUGGGGGGCUUUUGACCUUGGAACCAGGUGUUCGAUUGACCUCCAAUCCAAUUAUAAACGUCGAAAGAUUUUUUUUUGAACAUUUUCUCAAAGUUCCAGAUUGAUCGGAGAGUUUUGAAAAAAAUUAUCGCAUGAGAUAGAUAAGUAUAAGAAAAAAAGGGUGCAGUAAAAAAACAGAAUAUGACCCAUUUUUGAGGUGAAGAUUUGAGAAGACUUAGCUGACUCACGGCUCGCUUGAGCCAUCGAAAAAAGGGUCCUGACACGAUAAUAAAAGAAAUAGUGGCUGGGUGGUGGAGAGCGCAGACAGGCCACGCCCCCUUAGUGUCCCAAGCUAGCCUUGAAUCGGCUAUAUCAUCAUUGAAUGGGUGAAGUUUAAAAAAAAAGCAAAAAGUUGAAAAAUAUCGAAUAUUUUUGUCCAAAUCACAUAUUAAAGAUCCCAUACCUAAACUUUUAAGAAAAAAUUUGAAUUAAUUAUUUUUUUUCCUUCAGUCUUCCAAUACUUCUUCGACUACUACGGCGGAGUCCUGUCCUACGCCAUCCAAUUUUUCCCGAUCUUCGUCUUCGGAAUGUACAAGAAUCUGGACCCUGGACACUUGUCUCAACAAAUCAGUAAUGUUAGUAACCCUACGGUUGCAUUUGGAAUGGCUCAAUGGCCGACUUGAAAGGAGUUGCGCGCGUAACUUCCUUAUUCGUUUUUGAAGAAAAUAGUAUCAUUCGAUAGAGGAACACCUUGGCUUUCGAAUAAUACCACACUCGAUCCUGUAGGAUCCAUACAAACCGAAAUUUACCCAUUUGAACCCGAUCUUUGAAAAAAAGUAAAUAAAAAUCAAGUCAUCAUUCGAUUUCGAUCAAUCCCAAUGAUAGAUGUAUCAUUAGAUAGAGAAAAGUCCAAUUUUUGUAAAUCAGGAUUUCAUUGUGACGGCAUAACUUCCUUUGAUCUCACUCAACUAGGAUGAAAAUAGUAUCAUUCGAUAGAAGAAAAGCUUGGCUUUCGAACGAUACAAAACUCGAUCCUGUAAGAUCCAUACAAAUUGGAAUCGGGGCUUGAGAAAAAAAAGUUUGGAAAAAUCAUAAUUAUUUUCGAUUUUGAUCAAUCCCAAUGAUAGAUGGAUCAUUAGAUAAAGGAAAGGUUCCAUUUUUUUGUAGGUACCUUAUUGCAAUUUUUUGAUCCAGGUACCAUCCGAUCAAGGGAUAAAUUCACUUUUGAAUGAUUUUUCAUAGGGCUUUGUAAGGCGCGUUUGGGCCUAUUUUACUUAAGAAUUUGAAGAACUCCAUUUUGACAGCACCUCAAAAAAUAUGUUGAACUUCUAGGUGUAUAACUGGAGCCAGUAGAAAAAUAAUCGCACACCUUGAGCCAUUCCAAAUGCGACCACGGUAUGACAUUUUGAAGAUUCUGAGCCCUUCAGAACGCCUUCUACUUCAUCUACUUGAUCAACUGCUUCACGAGGCUCACGGAUCUGGCGAUGAACAUUGGCGAGUUGGGCGGCUACGUCAUGAGGUCUUCUAGAGCCCGAACUUUGACACGAUCAACUCGGAACUUAGGGUGACGGAACUAGUGGACCACGCCAAGGAGCACGUCUACAGCGAGUCGAACGAAGGCUUCACGGAGGUCAUCUCCAGCCUGGAGACGAGGACCGGCCUGAGCAAGAAGUCCGACAAUCUUCUGGUCGUUCAGGACCUUUGUUUUGGAGCUCCAACUCAGCCUCAAUCUCUAAUCAUCGCCGGUGAGGAGCUGCCAGAAAAUUUUUGAAAAUCUCCUUUUUUUCAAUUAGGACACGUGCCUUCGACACAGCCAGGGAAGCAAAACUCUAAUGGCCGCUUAAGGGGUCCCUUAAGGGCUAAUUGGAGAGCACACUAAAGCUACCUCUAUAGAGGUCACUAAUUUUCGUCUGAGGGGCCACCAUAGUGGUUUUAGGGGUCUAGUAGUAAGCUUCUAAAGAAACCAUCAAGUUUUAGUCGCUUAAGUGGUCACUAAUUUGACUGCUCUGGUGGUCACUGAAACGUCAAAACCCUAUAGUGACCACUAGAACUUUCGCCAGUUUUCUUCGCUUAACUUCUUCAUGUUUGAACUGGUGUCCAGUUAUCUUCUUGGCAAUAUUUCGAAAAAAAAAGAAAAAAAAACUCAAGUGGCCUCUUAAGAGGUUCCUCAAGGACUUCUUGGGAAGGUCACUCAUUUUUUGUCACUUAAGUUUCCCCUCAAGAGGUUCUUCAAGGGUUAUUUGAGAAGCCCACUAAAUUUUAGCCACUUAAGGGACCACUAGAGCUUAAAAACCCUGAAGUGACCAGUUAAAAGGUUCCUCAAGGACUUCUUGGGGAGGUCACUCAUUUUUUGUCACUUAAGGGACCACUUAAGAGCAUCUACAAGGACCUUGGACAGGCCAUUUAAUUUUAGGGGACCACUAGAGCGUCAAAACCCUAAAGUGGCUACUAAAAAAAGGAGUAGAUUAGAUCCGAAAUUGAUCGAAUUCUGAGCAUCUUCUGGUCAUUUUUUUGCGAAAAACUUCAGAAAAGUCAAUUAGCCAUUCCAAUUGCGACCAAGAUUCUCUAAAACAGAGGAGUAUGAGGUGUAGAAAAAAAAGUUCUUGGAAAUCCUGGUUCAAAAAUCCACUCCCAGGACUCUCCUUCAACGUACCUUCCAACAAGUCGCUUCUCAUCACCGGCCCUAGCGGCGUCGGCAAGACUUCGCUCCUCCGAACCAUCGCCAAGCUCUGGCCUCACCAAGCAGGUCGAGUUGGAUCAAGCUCCAAGACUGAGUUCGGACUUCAGGAAAGAUCGACCGGAACUUUGCCGACGAGGAGGUCUACUUCUUGCCCCAAAGACCUUACUUCCCGGUCGGGCGGCUCUCUUUGAGACAGCAACUUGAGUUCCCUUCGUUGGAGGUGGACACUCCGAAGAUUCCUAUUGGUUUGGUAAAAAGAGCACUGGAAGGGAAAAAGUUCUGAUUCAGACUCCAUCAUCGAGAUUCUGAAGACGGUGCAGCUGUCGCACUUGUUCGCCAUGUGUGGCGACGUCAACCAGCCCGUUGACUUUGAAUGGUUUGGUUUCAGAAUGGUGUUACAAGUGCGCUCAAUGGACAAUGAUUCAAGCUAUAUAUUAUGUAGAAUUUUGAGAAAUUUUUGGAAUCAGAAUCAUCAGAUUUUCUGUGCUAAGUGAGUCUAGGCAAGUACGCUCUACGGAUCAUAUUUUUUUGAAAAUUCGAUUUUCAUUACGAGGAAGGAAAACUGAAGUCCUUUGACUGUAAGGAAGAUGGGCUGAGUUUGAAGUUAAAAUUCAAAAAAUAUGUUCUUCUGAAAUAAAUCUCUAGUGGCCACUCGAAAGGUUCCACAAGAACUACUUAACACUAAAGUGGCCACUAUACAACCCUUAUAAGACACUAAUUUUAGGCCCCUUAGUGGUCUAGUAGUACCCUAAAAAGGCCACUAAAUUUUUUCCCUUAAAUGGUCACAAAAACGUCAAAACCCUGAAGUGGCCACUAUAGCAUUUUUCAGUAAUCCAGUUGCACUUAGAGUCCCUAAAGAGGCCACUAAAUUUUCUUCCCUUAAGUGGCCACUAAUUCGACUACUAUAGAGCUCACUGAAACGUCAGAACCCUAAAGUGGCCACUACAGUAUAUUUGAGGCCGAAGAACAGCUCAAAAUCCUAAAUAAGCCACUCAAUUUAGCCACUUAAGUGACCAUAGUUCUACUUCCAGAAUGGCCCUAAAGGGGCCACUAAAAAUGCUCGCAAUUAGAGUUGCUCUACGAUAAGCAAUUUAACCUGAAAUUUAUACCUAUUCCAAAAAUUAACCGAAGUUCACAAUAUUUUCCUUCACGAAAUUACUCGAUCCUUCCAGGCAGGACACCCUUUCCCCUGGCGAGCAGCAGCGUCUCUGCUUCGCCCGUAUGAUCCUCGCCAAGCCAACUUUGGCUUUCAUCGACGAAGCCUGCAGCCAAGUCGAUGAGAACCUCGAACAAAUCAUGUACCACGUCCUUCAGAAUGUUUGAAUCUCUUUUCCCUUUGCAAUAAAAGUCAAAACUUGCAGCACAACAUCAACUACGUCUCCGUGGGCCACAGACAGUCCCUCAAGCGGUACCACGACUUCGAGCUCAACAUUUCCAAUUCAACGACCUCCUUCUGCGAGGAAAUCCGCCAUGAACACUUUGACCAGUUUUGA